GUCACGUGCUAACCUGAGCCUGCCGCGUCGGCAGCUGGCGAGUGCGCAGGGCCUGGAGGCUGCAGCUGCAGAACUGGGAUAACUGCGGCCCUGCAAAGGGCUCGACUGAUGGCGGCGACGGCAGUGGCGGCGGGGACCGGAGGCCCGGCGGGGACCGAGUCGGCGGAGGGCGCCCCGGGGCCGGCGCCGGCGCUGGAGCUGUGGCUCAACAAAGCCACAGACCCAAGCAUGUCAGAGCAGGAUUGGUCAGCCGUCCAGAAUUUCUGUGAGCAGGUGAACACGGACCCCAAUGGCCCAACACAUGCACCCUGGCUACUGGCCCACAAGAUUCAGUCUCCACAAGAGAAGGAAGCUCUUUAUGCCUUGACGGUGCUAGAGAUGUGCAUGAACCACUGUGGGGAGAAGUUCCACAGUGAAGUGGCCAAGUUCCGCUUCCUGAAUGAGCUGAUCAAAGUAUUGUCGCCAAAGUACCUGGGGACCUGGGUUACAGAGAAAGUUAAAGGAAGAGUCAUCGAAAUCCUCUUUAGUUGGACAGUCUGGUUUCCAGAAGACAUCAAAAUCCGAGAUGCUUAUCAAAUGCUGAAGAAACAAGGGAUCAUAAAGCAAGAUCCUAAGCUACCAAUGGAUAAAAUCUUACCCCCACCUUCUCCCUGGCCAAAGAGCUCCAUCUUUGAUGCUGAUGAGGAAAAGUCAAAGCUUCUGACAAGACUUCUGAAGAGCAACCACCCUGAGGACCUUCAGGCCGCAAACCGGCUGAUCAAGAAUUUGGUCAAGGAGGAACAAGAAAAAUCCGAGAAGGUGUCCAAGCGAGUCAGUGCAGUAGAGGAAGUGCGAAGCCACGUGAAGGUGCUGCAGGAGAUGUUGAGCUUGUACCGCAGGCCUGGCCAGGCCCCACCUGACCAGGAGGCCCUGCAGGUUGUGUAUGAAAGGUGUGAGAAGCUUCGGCCCACCCUCUUCCGGCUGGCAAGUGACACCACCGAUGACAAUGAUGCCCUUGCGGAGAUUCUCCAGGCAAAUGACCUUCUCACCCAGGGGGUUCUGCUGUACAAACAGGUGAUGGAAGGCCCAGUCACCUUUGGGAAUGCAGUGACCAACUCAGUGGGAGACAUUCCUAUCCCCAGAGUCUUUCAGAAACCACUAGCCUGCACGAAAAACUGUCCCCUUGUUGACCUGGAGGUGCCAUCUUUGCUUCAUCAGGACCUGGCAGCCUUAGGGAUUAGUGAUGCUCCUGUCCUGAACAAGAAUUGCUGUAAGGAAAAGAAGCAGCUGACCGCCUUCACACUCCCUGGUGGUGCUGCCCGGAGCCCUUCUGCAGACAAGAACUUGCUGGAUCUCCUCUCACCACAUCCAUCUCCUGGACCCUUGAAUUACAUUCCACAGAAAAGUAUCCCCAAGGAAGUGCCCCCAGGUACCAAGGCCUCUCCAGGUUGGUCUUGGGAGGCUGGCCCUUUGGCUUCUUCCCCAGCCUCACAGAAUACACCUCUGGCACACGUGUUUGUCCCUUUGGAGUCUGUGAAGCCCAGCAGCCUGCCACCUCUCAUUGUGUAUGACCGGAAUGGCUUCAGAAUUCUGCUCCACUUCUCCGAGACUGGGGCCCCUGGGCACCCUGAGGUGCAGGUGUUGCUGUUGACCAUGAUGAGCACUGCCACCCAGCCUGUCUGGGACAUCAUGUUUCAGGUGGCUGUGCCAAAGUCAAUGAGAGUGAAGCUGCAGCCGGCAUCCAGUUCCAGGCUCCCUGCAUUCAGUCCUUUGAUGCCUCCAGCUGUGAUAUCUCAGAUGUUGCUGCUUGACAACCCACAUAAAGAACCUAUCCGGUUGCGGUAUAAGCUGACCUUCAAUCAGGGUGGGCAGCCGUUCAGCGAAGUAGGUGAAGUGAAAGACUUUCCAGACCUGGCUGUCCUGGGCACAGCUUAAUUUCUCAACCUGGAUGAUGCUUAGGCCAGCAUUCUCUUCACUGUCUGAUUGGGACUAAUUGUGAUGUAGUUCAGAGUGCCAAGAGUUCUCUCCUGACAUCAGGCCUUGACUGUCAACCUCUGACCAAUUCUGCAGGGGUGUGUGUGUAUGUGUGUGUGUGUGUGUGUGUGUGUAUGUGUGUGUGUGUGUGUGUUGUUGUUGUUGUUGUUGUUGUUGGGACGCUGUGGGAGGGAGAGCAGUGUGGGAGAUGCUGAUACAUUUCUGAGAUCAUCUCUGCUGCACUCAUAUCUGUUCUGCAUGGUGGACAUUGUGGUCCCUGCCUCAGGUUAGAGGUUUUAUAAGCCAAAGUAGUUUUUUUUUUUUUUUUUUUUUUUUUUUUUUUUUUUUUUUUUUUUUUUAAUCCAAUCUGUGCCUUGUCAGCCUUUGAAAGUCUUAGUUGCUCCCGGGCUGCUAUUCUCAGGGACCUUAGAAGGGACCUGGUUGGUCUUGGGACAGAAAGUGUGCACUCUCUUCCAAGAAAGACCUUGUCUCCAUUUUCAUUAGUGAAUGCUGCUUGCAGGUGUUCAGAAAGACCUUCUAAAUGGAAUGCUUGUUGCCUGGUUCCAGGUGAGGGGCUGCCAUAAGACCAGGCGACCACACUUGGUAGGCCAAUCAUGUCCUUCACCACAGUGCCUUAGAAUCUCCCUUAGAUGGACCCUCUGGGUCCUUGCUUAGGCCUUGGGUUCUGUGGGUUGGCAGCCUCUCAGGACCCACAUCUUCAUCCUCAUCCUUUCUGUUCACAAGCAUCUCGGAGCUCUUUCACUGUGACUCUGUGUUAAUCAUUGUAAAUCAUAGUUAGCGGGCCAGCCCUGUGGACCUCACAAUCCAAGAUGAGAACCAUGAUGCAGAUAGGUAUGAAGAGAGCCUUGUGUGACUAAACAUGGAAGAUCAUUGAAUAAAUAACAUGUAUACAUUUGCCUUGUGGAAUGUUGAGUCCAUAGGGAUGUGUUUGUGGUGAUAACCUGGAAGGGAAUGUCUUCUGUUGAGAACUGAGGAAGGUAUAUAAAGUUCUGACACUCUGAGAGAACUGAGAAGAGAUGUGGGUGUUUGUUGCACGUGUAAGCUGUGUCAUGCAUGCUCAACAAGUUCCGCUUGGCUGGGUGCUGUGGGACAAGGAACCUGAGCCCUGCUGAAAUGGGUAGUGAAGGGCAGUAAAGUCCCAGCAGCCAGUCUGGGUGGGAUUCCUCCUCAGAAACUAGAGGGCUCUGAAUCGUGGCAUCUGGAAGUCUUGUUCUGAUCUUUUGUCUUGUACAUUGUAGUUGGUGAUCUGCCAACAACAGUUGAUGGGAAUGAGAACUGUAAAGAGCAUCAGGGUGUGCUCACUUGUAAGCAAAUGUGAAAAUUCAUAAAACAGAUAAAUGAU